CGCAGGCUGAGAUUUAUGCAGGACCCUGAAGGGAGCUAGCUCACCCCAGCCAGGAGGUUCAGAAUAGCCUGGCUUUGUAAAGGAAUUUCAUACUGCUCACACCACACAGGAGGAGGAAAACAUGGCUACUUUAUCUAAUUUUACACAGACAGUGGAAGAUGUCUUCAAAAGGAUUUUUGUUACUUAUAUGGACAGUUGGCGCAGGAACACAACCGCCGAGCAAGAGGCACUCCAGGCGAAAGUGGACGCCGAGAACUUCUACUAUGUCAUCUUGUACCUCAUGGUGAUGAUUGGAAUGUUCUCCUUCAUCAUUGUGGCCAUCCUAGUGAGCACGGUGAAAUCCAAGAGGCAAGAACACUCCAACGACCCCUACCACCAGUACAUUGUGGAGGACUGGCAGGAAAAGUACAAAAGUCAAAUUUUGAAUCUAGAAGAAUCCAAGGCCACCAUCCAUGAGAAUAUUGGUGCAAUAGGUUCCAAAAUGUCUCCCUGAUAAGAGAGAGGCACCAAGCCAAUCUCUGAUACCCAGAUACCAGGAGACACCUGUUCCUCCAAGAAAGUUCAAAUUGCCAUUGCUUGGAAGAAAUUUCCUUCCUCUCUGCUGAGAAUUUUCAUGGAGAUUAUGUGGUUAGCCAACUAAGACAGAUGACAUUUCAAUUUCAGUGAUUCAUGCUUGCUUAUCAGAGACGCAUUUUGUGCUGAAGCCCUCUUUUACUUUCUGGGCAAUGUAAAUGUCAUUUUAAUCAAUGCCAAUAGUGAAAAUAAAGCCAAAUUGGAGUAAAGUGCUUGGGCAGUGGCAGUGGGGAUAGAAAGGGGAGAUUUACAAAUCACUGAAUCUUCUCCAUGAAACAUCAUUUGUAUGUGACAAAUUCAAUUUAUGAAUAACCCAGAUGCAUUUUUCACAAGCUGAGGUUCAAAAUCUAUCACUUGCUUGCGGGGCUGACGUAGGAGCACAGUUAUUAAUCUCUGAAUGCAGAGUCUGAAGUAAUAAAUGAACAGAACUAUGAGGUUUCUUUACAUGUAUUGUUUUCUGGCAUUUAACUUAUUUGGAAGUCUGAAGACAGAACAAACAUUUCAAAUGGCAAAUAAUUCAUAGCAGAGAAGUCAAAUAUUUAAGAGCUACUUGGUGCAACAGAAGCAUAUUUUUAAGCGCUUAAAAUUUUGCAGAAAACUAAGCUUUAAAAGUUCUUGUCA